AUGCCAAGCUCGAAUAAGAAACCAAAUUUCCUCAUAAUUGUGGCCGAUGACUUAGGCUUCACUGACCUAGGGUGUUUUGGCGGGGAAAUAUCUACACCUAAUUUAGAUAAACUUGCAAGUUCGGGCAUUAGAUUCACUGGCUUUCAUACUGCUUCCGCGUGCUCUCCCACAAGGUCAAUGCUGUUCAGUGGUACUGACAAUCACCUUGCUGGGCUAGGACAAAUGGCCGAGUUCAUUAAAUUUGAGAGGUUAGGUGAUGAAUUUGAGGGUAAACCAGGAUAUGAAGGUUAUUUGAAUUAUAAGGUUGCUGCCCUUCCAGAAAUAACUUCUCCUGAAUAUUACAAUGUAAUUUCAGGCAAAUGGCACCUGGGAUUGGAUGAGCCAUACUGGCCAGACAAGCGGGGCUUUGAAAAGUCGUUCACGUUAUUACCGGGCGCAGGAAAUCACUAUAAGUAUAAAUUCGAUGAGAAAACCUUUAUGCCUUCUAUUUUCCAAGAAAACGGAAGGCGAAUUGAUGCAGAGAGUGAGCUACCUGACGAUUUUUAUAGUACCGAGUAUUAUACGACGAAGUUCCUUGAGUAUUUGAAAGACGAGGAUAGAAACGGAAGACCAUUUCUCGGAGCGUUAACUUACACUGCGCCACAUUGGCCAUUGCAGGCUCCGUUAACUACGGCUCUCAAGUACAAAGGAGUAUAUGAUAAGGGUCCUAUCGAGUUAAGAAAUCGAAGACUAGCCCGCGCUGCUGAACUGGGCAUCAUUGAUAAAGACGUUGUACCUCACCUUGUAGAGACAAAAAGUAUACCAUGGGACGAGCUCAGUGCUGAAGAAAAGAAAUACAGUAGCCGUGUCAUGGAAUUUUACGCUGCAAUGGUCGAUGAAUUGGACAAGAAUAUUGGCCGAGUCCUAAAACAUCUCGAAGAUACAGGGGAGCUUGAAAAUACCAUGAUAUUUUUUAUGUCAGACAAUGGCGCCGAAGGUAGCAUGUUAGAGGCGUUACCAAGUAAAACAGUCUCAUUUGCAGAUAACGUUCAGCGACUUUAUGAUAAUAGUUAUGAUAAUAUUGGAAAGAAAGACAGCUUUGUAAUGUAUGGGGAUCUUUGGGCCCAAGCAGCAACUGCUCCCAGAUACAUGUAUAAGGCUUGGUCAACGGAAGGUGGCAUAAACUGCCCAUUGAUUUUGAGUUAUCCAAAGAUCUCUCCGAAAUGGUCGCCAGGAUCAAUUACCCAUGAAUUUUGUACAGUGAUGGAUAUUCUUCCCACUGUUCUGGAGUUUUCAAAGAUUUCUCACCCGGGCGCCAGCUUCAAAGGUCGUACUGUUCAUAAACCGAAAGGUAUUUCUUGGGCUCCUUAUCUGGAUGAUAAGGUCCCUGAAAUAUAUGAUGAAAAGAGAGUCACUGGAUGGGAAUUGUUUGGUCAGCGUGCAAUUAGACAAGGUAGAUAUAAAGCUCUUUGGAUUCCAAAACCAAUUGGCAGCGGGGAAUGGGAGCUUUAUGAUAUUCUGAAGGAUCCUGGUGAGAUCAAUGAUUUGAAAUAUGAACAACCGCAGGUAUUGGAAGGUCUAAUCGAGCAUUGGACAUUAUAUGUUGCAGAAGCUGGUGUAAUCGAGUUGGAGCAAUAUCCGGAAGGUACUCGGUGGAAUGUAAAAGUUAUAAAAGACUCUUGA